AUGUCGCAAGCUGGAAACAUCAAGGGACGACGGAUCUAUGACCGAAUAUUUGGGAGCGCCAAGGUGUACCAGAAAGGGUCCACGGAUGCCUUUGAAGUUGGCACGCGAGACUCCAGCAACAUCGACUCCAGUGACUAUGUUGAUGGCAUGUCAGUGACCAUGGGUACUCCUCGCACUCACAUCUUCACACUGGCACUUGGGACCUCCUACGACACUGCGCUCGGGACAGGCGGCAUGUGCCCCUGCGAUCCUGUGACGCAGAGUGCGCAAUGUGGAGGCGACCCCGUACCAUCUUUCUUAAGCGGAGAGGCUGUGAUCUGUGACUCUGGGACGUUAGGCACAGCCAGCCUGGCAUGGGGUACCCGGUUGGUACAGACGAGCUUUGAUGUGGCUGUCUCUGUGACGUCGGCAGACAUUGAGGUGCGACUGAUGAGUGAUGCUGUCAACACGAACGAAGACGUAGGUAUCUUUGAGCUGCUGAUCUACGUACAAGAAAUCGAAGACAACAUGCCACCUCAGUUAACCCUCACAGGCCCCUCGCAGUUGAAUGUGGAGGUGAAUUCCUUCUUCUCUGAUCCUGGUGCCACCUGCAUAGAUGACAUUGACGGGGUGCUGAAUUCCAACAUCACUGUCUUAGGCUCCGUGAACACCAGCCAACUGGGUGAGCAGGAGCUCUUGUACAUCUGCGCCGACUCCUAUGAGAACAGUGUCAACCAGACACGAACUAUCCUUGUGCUGGACUCUGAGAUUCCCGUGCUUCAGCUGAUGGGCGAUUCCCGAGUGUGCCUGCAGGAAGGUGUUCCUUAUGUGGAAUUGGGGGCGACUUGCACAGAUCGUGUGGAUGGGACCUCUCCUGCGACGAUCGAAGGUGUUGUGGACCCUGACGUGUUGGGAAACCACACCAUCUUCUAUUCAUGCAGUGACAGUGCUGGGAAUAAUGUGACUGUGAUGAGGACAGUCACAGUUGUUUCUAGCGACAUGCCCGGAAACUUGUUCCUGACGAGCUACUCGGUGGAUGUCGGCGGUUGGAGCGAAGCGUUUGCCCCGCAAGUCCACGCUGCAAACGUGAAUCCUGCCACUGACUUUGCUUUCAAUUGGUCGGAGGGUGUUACUGCAGGUCCAGAGUUCUGUAGGUUUAUAUCUAUUUACGAAUCGCAGGCUGAUGGAACUGUAUCACUCCUCAGGCAGUAUGAGGGCUAUGGGCUCCUUAGCUCAAGUGGGGUUCUGGUUGAUGGGCAGCUACAACUGGCACAGGGCUCUGACUCGUCCUUGAGUGCUGGGUUGAAAGACUCAACGUCCUACACGGUGGUGGUGGAUGAGCUCUUAGUGCACGACUCGUCUGCGCGCGGCAACGCUCGUCAAACUCUGCAGUUCAGCACCGGUGACUACUCUUCACCCAUCUUGCUGCAAACACGGCCUGCGCCAAGACACACAGCCUGGCCGCUGGCCUCUGGCAUCCAUCUGCAAUUUGAUGAGCCGAUCGGCCCUGGAAACGCAUCGUUUUUGCGUGUCCUGGAUCUUGCUCUGGGCGUUGAGGAAGUGGUGCCGUGCAACGGCUCAACAUCAAGCCAUGGCCUGUCUCUGAAUUUUUCCACAGACUCACUGCAGAUCUUGGGCCUGGAUCAAAUUUGGCGUCCCUGCACCGAUUUCCGCCUCAGUGUGGAUGCUGCUUGCGUACUUGACCUGUCAGACAACACCAACCCCUUUCAGGGGCUGAACGAGUUGGCUUUCGCGACGUCAUGCCUGACCAGCAUCGAGCCGCCACGGAACAGCUUGCAGGUCUCCCCCAGUAGUCCUAUAAUUUUGUACUUCCCUGAGCCCGUGCAGUUGGCGUCAGCCAGUCCCCCCGGGAUCGUCAUUCAAAUUGUCAGUGAACGUGAGCGUCGCGUCGGCCCGGAUGACUGGCCCUAUGUGUAUGCGCUGGAUGAAGCCAUUACAAUUGACCUCGCCUGUGUCACAAAGUUUUGCCUCAUACACCGUGCGCUGCCCAAUGUAACCGCGCAGUUCUCCUCCGGGCUUUGCAGCGGCCUUCUUCCUCAGCAGUGCCGCGGGAAGCUUCACCGGGUGAUAAUCGAAGAAGGCACGCUGGAAAGGGCUAACGCAAGCUGGCCGAGUGCUUCAGUCAUGAACGGUACGUUUCUGCCUGCAGAACUUGUUGAGGACCCCUACUACUUUACUCUGGAGCCCAUCGAUGCCAAAGCCCCGCAGCUGCUUCAAAUGGACGUUGCCGCAGUGUCCGAGAGCCAGGUGGACAUUUUUGUUAGCAUCGACGAGGGUGGCCACGUCUACUGUGCAGCUUGGGAGCUGUCAGGUCCAGGUCCUUGCACUUCGGAGCCCUCCUUGCUAGUGGAGUACAGCAGUGACAUUUGCAAUCAAACACAGACCGAAUGCAAGAACUGUGACCCACCAAGCUUUGGAUGUUUUGAUAGAAGCAGUAUGUGGGUGGACGACGGUUGUGCUGGACGGUUUAGUCUGGAAGGCGUCGAACUGGAUUGCCAAAGUGCAGAAACAGACACGACUAUCCACGACGCUGCCUUUCAGAGCGUGCUCUCUUUGGGGCAUCGGCAUGCCUGUGCCCUGAGAAAGGCAGAUAGCUCGGCAGUGUGUUGGGGAAACCCGUCUUACAUAGACCCAGUGACAUUUGCAGCCCCGGCGGGAACCUUCAGGUCCAUUGCUGCAGGCUAUUUGCACACUUGCGCAGUUAGAGAAAGCCAGGAUAUUCAGUGCUGGGGGACAGACCUUCAUGGAGAAACUGCCGGGCCGGGAACCAGUGAUGCGUUUGAUUAUAUCACAAGUGGACACCGCUUCUCCUGUGCGCUAAAGGUCGCUGACAGGUCGCCAGUGUGCUGGGGCUUGGAUGAUAGUGGACAGGCGACACCUCCAGCUGUCCCGUUACUGACCAUCUCUGCUGGGUACAAACAUGCGUGCGGGAUCCGGCUUGCUGAUUACAACGUGGUGUGCUGGGGGCUCAACGAUUUGGGGCAGGCCAGUCCCCCAGCAGGGGAGUUCGUGGCGCUCAGUGACCGUGGCGACAUCAUGUACCAUGGCAGCCUCAGCGCCGGGUGGUAUCACACCUGUGCAGUGCAAAGGAAAGACGCAGCAAUCGUGUGCUGGGGUGAUAACACCAAUGGACAGACAGAUGCUCCCCAAGAUGCCCAGUUUUUGCAGGUUGCCGCUGGAAGGGCCCAUUCAUGUGGAGUACAGCGAGUGCUUGCGGGCCAGGGACCAGGUGUCGUGAAGAAUGGCACCGUGAGGUGUUGGGGCCUGGACGAUCUCGGCCAGAGCUACCCGCCAGACUCAUUGCCUAAGGUGGGUGGUGUGGCUACAGAUGAUGACUACACCUGCAGUCUGGCCAUGGAGAACGGAAUCCCUGAUUGCUGGGGGAAGGAUGACUUCAACCAAGCAACACCGCCUGCUGAACACCUGGGCUCACCGGACGAGUUUGAGAACGUGACCUGUGCUACCGACACCACAGCCAGUAGCCAGCGGAUCAAGGGCUUGUCUGGAGUUCGGGAUGCGAGUGAUGACGUCCAGGUGCUCUACAAUGCUGCCCAAGGCUGCGCCGAGGGCCAUCUAUCCCUGGCAGGUCUCCGAGAAGGCACCGGCUAUGGGAUUUACUGUACGGCCGAAGAUGACGAUCUCCCGAUUCCAAACAUGCUGAGCGACCAGGUCGUCGUAGCAGCUGGCAGACAUAUCACGAUGCCAGACAGGACUCCCCCGACUGUGACCAUCGUUCGGGUGGACGAGGGCGUCAGUGGUGCAUCCCUAGAGGUUCUGCUGAGCGAGCCCGGACUGCGAGUUUGCUGCGUAGCAGUGCUGGACAACAUGCCAGCAGUCUCUGGUGCUGAGAUUCUGAAGCUGGGAACCUUUCAGAAAGCCAGUGCGAGUGGAAACACAGCGACAGUUCAUCUGCAAGGUUUGCUGCAGGACACCGAAUAUGACGCCUACUGCAUUGGGGAAGACUUGGCAGGGAACUGGGGCAGCGACAGCUCUGUCCUGCUUAGCAAGCGAGAUUUCCAUGUAAGGCGAGAUCUGACCCCGCCGCAACUGAUUUCUACAGAUCCGAUAUCUGGAAUCACGAUGUCAUGCGCACCAGAUGGGGUCGCUGCUGGGUGCUUAAUACCCCCUUUGGUUCUUCGUUUUGAUGAGGACAUCUUCCGGGGCACAGGCAACAUCACAGCAGUGUGUCUCAACAAUCCUGGUAUUUGCGAGGAUGUGGUCAUACCUAUAGAGGUUGAGACGUCGUCGACGGGAACAUCUACCAUCCUUCAUCACGACAUCACUGUAAGCUUUCUGGUGCCCUUGUCGGACGCUUCCAACUUCAAGAUCGUGAUCGACGGGGCACUACAGGAUAUGGCUGGAAAUCCUGUCAGUCUCUCUGACACUUGCCAGUUCUGGGUCCCGCCCGGGGCAGAAUAUUCUCGUCCCGACACCUGCGCCGGGACUUACACAUUCUGGACACCGUCGUGA